AUGGAAUCCCGUGUUGGCGGUGAUACGAUGUCGAACUCGUCGCAAAAGAGACCCGCUCAGGAAGGACCUGAGACUUCGCGCUCCAAACGCGCAAAAUACACAUCUGCAGCUUGCAACGAGUGUAAACGGUGUAAGGUAAAGUGUAUUCGCAUGGAUGACGGCGCUGAAUGUCAACGAUGUUCCGCGAUGAAUCUCACAUGCAUUGUUGUCCCCACGGCGACACAAACUGCAAAAGAGAAGGACAGAAGCAAAGAAAGAACUCAGAGUAAAGAUUACAAGCAGCUUACCGACGAUGUAUCCUUCCUGCGACAACAGCUCACCGGGCUCAUAGGAACAGUUGCAGCCUUGGUCGAGCAACGAAGUAGUCAACCUACUGGAAUUGCUGAGACUACGCCAGCUUCGCAGCCGACCGCAAGCCCAGCAUAUACCAGUACUGCAUCUCAACGCACAAACCCUCCUCGGCAACCUCAGUUUGCAGGCCCUACCCGCGCAGCGUUCAGUCUCAAUAUUGUGGAGUCAUCUCUCAAUCGAAUGGGUAUCCCUUCGGAUUUGCAUGAUCCAGCAGGCCAUACUUCAUCCUUAUCUUCACGGGACGUGACGCCAGAACCUACUACAGCACUGGCCCAAAAUCUGCUUCGGUCGGGUGUAGAAGGGCUACAGGGCAUAUCUAACGAAGAAGUCCUCCGGCUGCUUGGCAUCUAUCAAGAAGAAGUAGCGUGUGUCCAUCCGAUCAUAGAGACGAAGGACUUGAUCUCAGAUGCACCUCAAAUCAUGGAAAUGGUUCGGUGCCCUGAGCAGCUCACCAGACUGCAAAGAGUAGGGAGGAAAGACAUACAUAUGCUCAGGCUUGCUGUUGCGACAGCUAUUACCCAUGAGACACAUGGCAAGAACAAUCUCUCAGACCGACUGGUUCUCGAAGUCGAACAAGACGUCGGCAGGAUCUCCAGUGAGACCGAGGUGGAGCUCAAAGACAUACAGAUCAUGGGGAUGCUGAGUCUCUAUUUUUGUCACACUGAAGAGGAGCUAUUUGCUUGGCGUGCGAUUGGGAGAGCUUGCCGUCAAGCUCUAGAAAUGGGCCUGCACCGCAAGCAAAGCCUCCUCGAUAACUUCAAGGAUGCCGAAGAGCGUAAGCUUGCCGUGCAAGUAUUUUGGGUCGUAUACGAGCUCGAUCGACGGUGGAGCUUCGGCACGAGUCUGUCGUUUGCUUUGAAUGAUCGAGAUAUUGAUACACAGCUGCCAGAACCUGAGAAGACAUACCCAUACUUGAAAGGCAUGGUUGCCUAUGCUAGGCUUUGUUCCAGAGUAUGGGAAGCAUUACCGCCCUACGGCUCCCCUUUGCAGACAAUUCCGAAGGAGACGGAGGACUACCUGGACUUUAUCACCUCGAACUGGCUCCUUUCAAUACCGCAAGAGCUGCAGUUCAGACAUCCCAGAUUAGGUUUGGCACCAAAGACGCAGCCAUGCUUGCUUCACCGUCUACGAACGCUGCUCUACCUGCGUGGCAACCAUAUGCGCACGUUGAUACACCGGCACCAUGUACUCACUCCAGACAAUAUUAAGGCGGACAUGCAGUCUGCUCGACUUGUUGUCGAUAUCGCGAAAGACAGUAUCCAGGUGCUGGUACACCUCAACAGUACCAGUGACAUUUACGCCCGCCAACAGAGUGUAUAUCAUUACUACUUACUGAGUGCGCUGGCGGUCCUGCUAUUGGCGGUUUGCCAUGCGCCCAGCAUUUUUGCCGAAGCAAGUAGAGAACCUUUCGUCUCUGCUGUGGAGUUGGUCAAAGGUUUUUCGCGUAAUGGUACGGCAAGCCGCAGACUAUGGAAGAGUAUUCGUGGACUUCUGCCAAUAAUCAAAUCAUUGGGUUUGCAUGGACAAGCGGGAGGUCAAUCGAGCCAUCCAACAACAAAGGAGGUUGAGGGGUCUUCUUCAUCGUCUCAUGGGCAGCGAUCAAUACAGGUGGACUCCGCGACGACUGAGCUGCCUUCCAUGUGGAGUGGGAGUGACCCGAAUUUCGAUACCGACCUAGGCUCAAUGCCUGAUAUCUUCAACAUCGGUGACGAGCUUAUUGACCUGUAUGACGCGUUCGGUACUGCAGCAACAACACAGCCUCUACAACCAGACCCAUCAGCGGAGAACUUUGGCGAACAAGGUUUGAGUGUAUGGGAGAUAGAGCAGAUAUCUAGACAUUUCCAGGGUCUCAUAUGA